AUGGAAAUCCCAACGAAUAAACAGAUAAGUCAUGAUAUGGACGAGAUAAAACAAUCGAAUCAUUCAUUUGCAACGUCGACUCCGGCGCAUAAGCAGAUCAAGUAUGAAUUAGGUGGGGUGUCAGGAUAUGAUCUAGGUGAGAACGAAUUAUCUCCUGCCAAAGCUGUCAGGCGUAAAGAUAUGUUGAAUAAGCUCUUGGCUAACCCUAAUGGAAGCUCCGAUUGCAAGAACGACACAUUUGACUCCACGUUAACCUUAGAAAGGCCACUUUCACCAAUCAGAACAAAACAAGAAAAGCUCCAUUUGUCACCGUUGAAACAUGAGAUGCAACCAGAACCGGCGGAAUUUGACACUGACAAUCAUAUGGGUAUUUUAGCUGCAACUAAAUUCGAGACCAAUCGAGCCCCACUAAGCUGUAGUGUUGAAGACGAAACAUUCGAUGAAGCACUCAAAACUUAUGCGCUCCAGAACGAGCUUUCGCUAGGCAUGACCUUCCAAGAAUGGGCUGCAAAGGGGUUAGAAAACGCUGACGCCCAGAGGAGACUAAUAGAAAGAUUGGUGGUGAAUAGACUCGUUUUGUUGCAGAGGUUCCAUUAUCUUAAUGACACCAUCAACGACUACGCAUCAUCUUUGGAGACAGCUCGAGGCGACUUCGACGACAAGGUGAAAAGAAUUCAUGUCCUCACCAACGAGUUUCUCAGCGAUAUUACCUAA